AUGCCAGAUGAUCCUGAGUUGUAAUAUAAAGUUGGAUGGUUGACAGUAGCAGUUACUUUAGGUAAUUUACUAAUUAAUAUGAGUUAUAUGACAUAUCUAUCGAUCAAGAAGCUUACUAUAUCAAUUAAAUCGUGUGCAAGAGUAACCAAGACAAAAUACUAAACAGUGAAAAAAAAGCAUUUCCCAAUAAUUUAGCAGUUUUUCUUGACUAACUUAACCUUGAAAUCAAAUAACAAACAGAUAAUAUAAAUAAUCAAGACUUAAAAUAAGUAUAAUGCAACAAAAAAUAAUAAAAAAGCAUUUUAAAAUAUUAAUACUCCCAAAGGUGGAAAUGCUUAAGGGCCUGAAAUUUCAUAAGUCUUAGAUCUAACUAAUUAUAACUACACAAAUAAUGAGGACAUAUUCAUGCUUUCUGAAUAGUCAAAUGGAGAUGGGUUCUUUAAUCUUAAAAGAAGAUUUGAAAAAGAUGAUACAGCAUUCGUUAAUAGUGAAGUAUUUUACCUAAGUAAUGAAGAUGAUUUAUAAAUAAUGAGUCCUGAAUACAAAUACAAGGAUAAACUCUAAAUAUUACCAAUUAGAAAAUUAGACAACCAAAAUUAAGAAAAUAUUGAAGUUGUCUAAAAUAGCAGCAAUAACUUUUCUUAGCUAUAGGAUGAUAAUAUAUUUAUGGAUUCACCAUAAAGCAAUAAGUUCUCUGAGGAUAAUGGGCAGAAGUUUAAUAGAAUGCGAAACAAUUCAUCCAGCUAAAAUACUUUAUUCAGAGAGGAUGAAAUAAUACUUUUCAAAACUAAAGAGUAAUAUUUAAAUACAAUGAGUUUUCAACAAUAAUAUUAUUGA